GUGGCAGAGAGGUGGAGCAGGAACAACAGCUCUGCACAGCCACACAGAGAUAAGCAGAGAGAGAGAGAGUCAGAAGGGGGGAGUGUCAGAGAGAGAGAGAGAGAGAGAUAGAGAGAGUCAGAAGGAGAGAGUGUCACAGAGAGAGAGAGAGAUAUAGAGAGUCAGAAGGAGAGAGUCAGAGAGGGAGAGAGAUAGAAGGAGAGAGGAUCAGAGAGAGAGAGAUUGAGAAAGAGGAAGAGAGAGUGUCAGAGAGAGAAUGGUAGAGAGCAAGAGGAAGAGAGGGUAAGAGAGAGAGAGAGAGAGAGAGAGAGAGAGAGAGAGAGAGAGAGAGAGAGAGAGAGAGAGAGAUGACCCAAAACAAGACUUGCUGCUUACCUCUUGGCUCUUUGGGCCGUCUGACUGGAAACUGGGAGUUCCUAAUCUGAUUCCCUAACGGACACUGGAGGAGCAACUCUCAAGUUAUUUCUUCUCCACUUUUUUUGUCGAGUUCCAUCUUUUUGACCUGGAUACCUGUCUGCCUCCUCCCUCUCCUCUGCCUGUGUGCUCCCCCCCCCUCCGGGACCAUGAGGAGGGACCGUCUCCUCCUGGCCACCACCCUGACGCUGGUCUUCACCGCAGACCUCUACUUCGUGCUGCUGCCCAAGCUCCGGGACUUCCGGCAGGCCGGGGGCCCCGGCUGCGUCUGCGCCCGGGGGAACGACUCCCUUCCCAGGCAGGGCGGUCUCGUCAGCCCCCGGCUCUCCAACAGCACCGACAGCCUCCAGGACAGCGCUGAGAGCGAGCUCGAUGACGGGGGCUCCAAGCUGGACAGGCUGUUUGACCAUCCCUUGUACAACAUCCAGACCCCGGUGCUGGGGCCGGAGGAGAGGCUGCUGCAGGCGGAGCAGCUCGUCGCCUACUACCAGAAGAAAGUGUCACGCUGGGAGAGACACAUGGAGAUAUACAACGAGGCGGCGGCAGCCUCAAAUAUCACUGUGCCCAAGCACAAGGUGACCUUUGACCCGGAGGUCAGCUGGCUGAAGUUCCACCUGGGGAUCAACCGCUACAGCCUGUACUCCCGCCAGGAUCCGGCCGUCGGCCAGCUCCUCCGGGACAUGCACGACCUCACCAUCAUCAGUGCAGAUUACACUCAGGACGAGAAGGCCCUGAAAGGAGCAUGUGACUGUGAGCAAGGUGAGCUCAGGCCGCCGCCGCCACUACACCAUUCACACUAUUCUCUCUGUGUAUCCUCGCUGUACAGUCCAGACCACCUCUAAGUGAACAUGUGAUGUUUGUGCUGGAGGAUGGCAUGAUUCAAGGAAACUAAAUCCAUGGGUUCGGCAACUCUGUUUGACUCAGCCAAAAAACUCUCUCUCUCUCUCUCUCUCUCUCUCUCUCUCUCUCUCUCUCUCUCUCUCUCUCUCUCUCUCUCUCUCUCUCUCUCUCUCUCUCUCUCUCAUCUCUCUCUCUCUCUCUCUCUCUCUCUCUCUCUCUCUCUCUCUCUCCUCCUCUCUCUCUCUCUCUCUCUCUCUCUCUCUCUCUCUCUCUCUCUCUCUCUCUCGUCUCUCUCUCUCUCUCUCUCUCUCUCUCUCUCUCUCUCUCUCUCUCUCUCUCUCUCUCCGUCCACGGCACAGCCAGACACGAUCAACAACACUCCAGAGCUAUUUCUCAGACAACAGGACAAUUCAUUCAUUUCAAUUGGUCUCUAACUCCCCACAUAAAUAACCUUUUGUCAGUGACUCGUCUCCCUGCUGCAUGCCUCUAUUGGACACGGCCACACGGCCACACAGGGACGGGAUGGGGGGGGGGGGGUGGUGCGUGUGUCUGCGUUCAAAGGGAGCAGUGGGCUGUUAGUUAAUGAACACUGUCUAAUGUGUGGUUUCCUAGCACUUUUAGCCCCCCGACUCAGGCCCACCUCACCGACCCACCCACAUCUCUGAAGAGCAGCAGGGUGUGCAGAUCGAUGGUUGACGUCGGGGCUGGAUUGUAGACAGACACCACGCAUCCGCUUCUGUUCUGUUAGUUGAGAUGCCGUUGAGUUGUUGGAGUCAUCAGGCAAAAGCGUGAGCCCUUUGUGACCGAAAAACUCUCGAAAUGAGCAUCAGAUGUUCUAGUAAAUCAUACUCAUUAUCCUCGUCAACUUCUGUCUUAUUAAAUCCUCAUUAUCGUCGGUGUGCUAAGUGGAUGAUUCUGAGCCGGGCCUGCUACCCUACACCUGGUGCUCCUUUGAAGCAGGCCUAAUGUAGCUUCUACCGUUUUCUGAUGGAAACGUGUUUUAAUGCGUCUGGAAGUGAAGUGUUUGUUUUUUAAUGCAUCCUUUUUACUGGCUUUGCAGACUACUGCACCCGCAAGCAAAGACGAAUUUCCGAUAUUGCAUGCCAAAAACAAUAAUAAAGUGUUUUCUAGUGCUUUAUUUUCUGCAAUUACACAUCAAGCUAGUCAUUUUUAGUUUUCUGCUCGAAUCGUUGGUUUUAUAUACUCUGCAAAGCAACCUAUAAGCAACCAGUGCCCCUUUAUCAAUUUCGCAAACAAUAUAUUUAAAAAAAAAAAGUACAAGGAAUGUGAUGCCAAUGGUUUGGUCUUUCACUUUUUAUUCAAAAGAAUUCAUAGCAGUAAACUAUUUAAUACUCCUCCUCACAGAGUACAGAGCAAAAUGCAGGCACCGCGUUAGUCUGGCUCACUGCUGUGAGGCAGAACAAAAACCCAGAGAGAGA